AUCGGCACGACGGGCAGAUUCUGCGCACACUUGCUUCCCAACCCACGCGCCAUGUCGCCGUCGCCGGCGCCCCAGCACCGUUGCACCACCUGCCAGAAGGACUUUUCCCGGCUGGAGCAUCUGCAACGCCAUCGCCAAACCCACAGCGGCUCCAAGCCGUUUCGCUGCCGCUACUGCACCAAAGCCUUCUCCCGUAAGGACGCCGCGCAUCGCCAUGAGCAGAUUCGGCACGAGCCCGGGAAUCGGGUCGAGGCGGUUUCGCCGUUGCGACGGGCAUGUCUAGCUUGCAGUGAUGCUCGUGUUUGGUGUUCGGGGGGAAUUCCAUGCGCCAAUUGCCAGGCGAAAGCUCGCGAAUGCGUCUAUGCUCGCGAUCGUAGGCUCCUUUCGUCGACGACUGACGAUGGACGGCCUGCUCUGGACGGUGUGCUUGCUCAAAAUGUUCUGUCCAAUGCUGGAGGAUCGCAGGAAUUUUCGAACGGCUUCCACGCGACGCGGCCUCAGAAUGCAAGGCUCGGCCACGCGCCCAGAGGCGGUAUGCCCUUUCCUGCACAGCCGCAGAAUGGAGGCGCCCCUCGGACGCCGGUGAACUGGCUGCCGUUCGAUGCGUUCACGCCACCCGACCAAGCAGAGAUGCACCUCUCCAAUGAAACCUCACAGUCAUAUCACGCCGCACCGGGGCAGCCCAGCAGCACUUCCAAUGGCUUUCCCGCUGGAGGGACUAUGUCUCAACAGGACUGGCAGACCCGGACUCCGCAAUCCGACUCUCUCAAUUCCCUCAUUGCAUCGAUGGGCCGAGCAUCACGAGCCUUUGGUCAUCAUCAUUCCCCGGGGUUGAUGGCCACGGGCGAUGCCGUCGUCUACCCUGCCGGCUCACUCUAUUCUGACGGUGCGGGCGGCCGAAGUAGUCAAGCGGAACGAGCUAUACACAAGCAGCACGCUCAGCGGGAGAGGUCUAGUUUCAGCGACAAACCGGUCACGCUGGAUUCAGAAGGUGCGUGGCUGCAUAGUCUGGAAACAAGUCUCCGUGACGUAUCAGAGCCCGACGACGCCCGACUCUAUCACAUCCCCGCAAACAUAUAUGGCGACAUUAUAGCCAAGCUGGAGUCCCGUGUACCGUGGCCGUCAUCAAGUCCGACCUUCGGUCUUAGCAGUCACAACUUUCUGGCCAAAGAUACGCUGGACCGCUUUGUCAGACUGUAUUUCGAGCACUUUCAGCCCAUAUAUCCCUUCCUAGACCUUCCUCUACUCAACAUGCCUAUCUGGGGCUGGUCGUUGUGCCUGGCCACUGCGGCUAUUGGAUGCCACUACUCCGACCACCCCGCAAAGGACAUAUGUGGCGAUGCACUCAGCGUCAUCUUGAGGGAACUCUUGGUCCACGAGCUCCAAAUUUGCCGAGUCGAGUGCACUCUGUCAUACCUGCAAGCCUCGCUCCUCAACACGCUCGCGCUCUGCCAGAGUGAAAACGCAAACGUCGUGGCGCUUGGCGAAGAAGCCAUCAGCUCCGUGAUGAACUCGUGCAAACGCUUUUGCCUGCUCGACGAGCCGGACUGGGGCAUUGAACGAAGCGUACAAAUUGAAGGCGAUGUAAAUCAGAUGUGGACGGCGUGGCGCUGUCGGGAGAUGCGCAGACGGACCGGUCUGUUCGCUUGGAGCCUUGACUGUUCUCUGGCGUUCAUACACACCGCUCCUCCUGUCCUCAGCCUCCAAUCCCUCAAUUUGAUGCUUCCCUGCAAAGAGAAAUUGUGGGAGGCGGACUCGGCGCAAGCAUGGUACAGAGCCUACAGCCCUCGUGCCCGGAAGCCGCUGGACUCGACGACCUUCGCCGCAGAAGAAGAGGGCCGGAUUCUCUUCCGGACCAUCUUCGUCGAGCUCUUUGAGAGACUGGAGCUCGUCGAGAGUAUGUCGCAAUUCGCAAGCCUCGGCUGCAUCUACGCUCUACUCCACCGGCACUGGGACUUAGUCCGGCAUUUCCAGGCUCCUCUAUCCAUCUCUCGCGAUGAUGACGCACACCGUACCUCUCACGGACUCGCGGCGACCGCGUAUCCCCCAGCCAUCGCCGACUUCACGAGGUGGCGCAACAAGGCUUGCGAUUACAUGGACGUCCUGCACUGGGAAGCUCUCGGCGAGUCCGCCAAAGCAGGCGGGUGGGAGGGGCCGAUCUUCCUGAAACUCCACCUCGCACGACUGGUUCUGCUCGCGCCGGUCAAAGAGCUCCUAACGCUCGCCGAGGAACUCAUCCCCGACGGACGCUUCGUCCAACUCCCGCACAACGUAGCCUGGCAGAGAAAAGACCUGACCCGAUGCCGGCAAGUCGUCUCCACCUGGGCACGAGCAGACCGGUACAAAGCGCGGCUGGUCGUGGUGCACGCCGGCGCGGCAUUCUGGCACAUACGGCGCUACGCCUCCGACUCCUUCGUCCAGCCAUUCACCCUCUACCUCGCCGCCAUUGCCCUCUUCUACUUCGCCCGACUAAGCAUGGCCGCGGAGAAAGAGCGGCAAAUCCCGUCAAACAUGCCACCAGCGUCAGCAACAACAACCGAAGAACAAAACCCCCCGCAACUCGAGAAUUCCUCAGCCUCCAACCCCGCCUCAAACUACUCUCACAGCCCAGAAGACGUCGCCAUCCACUCCCCCAGCGAAACGACGCGCCCCCAGCCCCAAAAACAGCCUCGCAUGCCAGCGAACUACCACAUCGACCGGCCCGUCGACGACGAGCUGGUGCAGCACUUUGUGCGGUACGGCGAGGCGAGCACCAAGCUGUGCGCCGAGGGGAUCGACGAUUUGUGCUCUGCGGGCGGGGCCCGGGCGAUCUUGCUCGAGGCUGCGGCGUUGCUGGAGACGGGGAAUGUGGUGUGGCCUUUGGCGCGGAAGUAUGCGGUUGUGCUGAGGCUGGUUGCGGCUGAGGAGGGCAAGGUUGCGAGUCUGGUUUGAUGUUUGGGAAAUGCUCAAUCAUGCGACUCGCAUUCGCAUCCUCUGUCAUUUGGGCUUUGAGCUGCAAAGCAUGAAUGCAAGGCUGAGGUUGACCGAUGUCAGCCCCAUGCGGCUAAGCGCAAUCAGAUAAAUAUUAAGUUCAACGGGCAACCUAAGCCCUAAAUAGCCAACAUGACUCGCGGCAAC